AUGAUACGCACACAUCAGGGUAAGUGUGUUUAAAUGUAUUGUAAAUUUGUAGAUUUUAUUUCAUAUCAAACCUUUAGAUUUUCAAAUAAGUUCAAACUUGGAUUAUUAGCCUUCAUGGUAUAUUUAACAUGUUUAUACUGUACUUGAAUUAAAACGUAGGAGGACAUAAUCAUGCCUGGUCCAAGUGGGAAAAGGCGAUUUGGCUCUCAUCGAAGGGUGGGACAGCGUGUUGAAACGCCAGAGGAUAUGUUUGUAGCAGAUCAGUCACCUGUAGCACAAGCGGAAGAGAGUGCUGAAUCUUUGAACAUAUUGCCUCAUGAAGGCCAGGUCACCUUAGAAUCUCACCGCAUGCUUUCAUCGGAGCAGAAAUCAAGCAAGAGAAAGCUUGGGUCAAAUAGACAAAGUAAAAGACGCAGUGCUGAGUCAGCGGUUGAAUCUUACCACAAACCUACAGAAGACAUUGAAGAAAAUGUGAGUACAGACAAAAUUGAAGCACAAAUGAUACCUGCAGGACAAGAAGCAAGCAAGUUAAAUGAUUAUGAUUUAUUGUAUGGGACACAUUUGUAUUCAGCCUACACACCUGGUCAUACAUCAGAGAGUUUGAACCCAAGCUAUCCAAAUGAUGAGGAACAUCAACUCUUAAGUAGUAAUUUGCAUUCAGCUCAAGACGCUGGGGAGCUGGAACAUAAAUGGGAUACUGGUUCCUAUGAACUGGAAAACACAGGUAAACAGUUGCCAGAUAACCAACAACUGCAUGACAAGUUUGAAUUCCCAACAAUAUCUGAUUAUAUGAUUGGUGCAGAAAAACGCCUUGCAAAUAAAGACCCUCCACAGCCAGAUAAAUUAUGGGGCGAUGACUUAAAUGCCAAAUCAAAGGAAACAUGUUUUCCAGCCUAUCCAGAGGAGAAUGCCCCUAACAAAAACACUGACUAUGAAAUUGCUGAAAUUAAAUACAAUGUUGAGCAGCCGAGUCUUUUAUCAGCAAUAGGGAACCUGCCUGCAAAUGAGGAACAUGAGCUGUCUAACUUUUCACAAGUCAGAGGUGCUCAGCUUCCAGACCACUUUCAAAUUACAGAACUCAAGUCAACAGAAUAUAACCAAAUUGAUUACACUGAAGUUGUGGAACACGAGAAAAAUCUUGAUGCAUACCUUGAAAAUAUGACCGAUGAAACCAUGGAAGAUAAUGCAGCUAGGAACACUGGCAGUGAUGAUACUAAUAAAGAAGAGACAAUUACAUUGAAAACAUUUAUACAACUUACAGAAAUGGACAAUUCAGACAGUUUUCCAGUUGAAGAAAUAAGUGAUCAUGACAAAGAAAAUGCUAAUUUAAUUUUAAGUGAUCCUCAACUGCAAAGAAAUUUGGGGAUUUCCAGCGACUCUGGUUUAAAUCCACAGGACAACCUCAGAGAAAACCCUAUGAGGGAAGACCCCACAGAGGUUUCCGAACACAAAUUUAAAAAUGAUCAUGUGUCUAACCCCAUGGAGACGAGCAACACCGAAAAUAAAGACCCCACAGAAAAUAAGGAACUUGACAAUGAUCAAGAAAUGUCUGGGCAGAAUGCAAAAGACGUCUCAAGCACAAUAACGGAGAGUGAGUUGUCUUCAGGUGUUCAACCAGAGAAAGGUUUUGUAUUUAACUCCCACAGUGAUGACAAUGCAAGUGCAGAUGAGUUGGCUGACUCAUUCAGCCCUGUUGCAAAGACAGGAGAGGUUGAUAAUCAUCCUGUAGAAAUUAAAGAGUUAACAUUUAAAAAUGUAAAAGCUGAAUUAGAAGAAAUUGAGAUAAAAGUAAUGGAUAAUUUAGACACUUUUCAAGGAGAAAACACAAGUGAGCUAGUCAGAGGAAAUGAACAUGGUGUGUUCUCUGACUUUAUUACUUCAAUCAUACAUUCAAACACAAUUAUACCACAGCUGAUAAAUGAACAAUCACAUUCCAGGAAAAUACCAGAGGAGCAAGAACUUUCCAGUGCUGAAUGUCAACCAAUUAAAGAUCCAGCAGAGGAAAAUGAAACUUUAUUGCAGGUACCUCUGCAUGAAAAGCUGGAAUAUGCAAUAGAGGUAGGCAUGCCCAGAAACAGUCUUAAUGAAGGUGGAGAAAUUACACUCAGUGUCAUGACAGCCGCAAUUUCCCCGCCAAAAGCAGACGUGUCCACAGAUGAAAAACAUGAAAACUUGAGCUUUUCACAAGACAGAGCAGUUGAACAUCAAUACAAGGAUUUAAUUGAAGAGGCUAAGCCAUUGGAAACAGACCAAAUAAAAGACUCUGACAUCUUGAUAACUGGAUCUAAAGAUGAUGAUGAAAAUAUUGACAUUAUUGAAACUUUGGAGGCAAGUACAUCUCAAUUUAGUAUUAUAAAUCCUCUUGACUCAGAUUUAAAUCCACAGGACAACCUCAAAGCACACCCAAUGAAGGAGGACACCACAGAGGUUUCCGAUCAGAGAUUUAAAAAUGCUCAUUUCUCUAACCUUAUGGAGACGAGGAUCAACACUGAAAAAACAGACCCCACAGAAAAUCAGGAACCUGACAGUGACGUUCAAGGAAUUUCUGAACAGAGUGCAAAAGAAGUCUCAAGUGCAAUAAUCGAAAGUGAGUUGUUUUCAAGUGUUCAACCUGAGAAAGCUUUUGUCUUCGACUCCCAAAGUGAUGACGACAAUGCAAGCGCAGAUGAGUUAACUGACUCAUUCAACCCUGUUGCAAAGACUGGAGAGGUUGACAAUCAACCUGUAGAAAUUAAAGAGGUAACACUUAAAAAUGGAAAAGCUGAAUUAGACAUUUUUGAGAUAAAAGGAAUGGAUAAUUUAAACACUUUUCAAGGAGAAAACACAAGUGAGCUAGUCAGAGGAAAUGAACAUGGUGUGUCCUCAGACUUUAUUACUUCAAACACAACUAUACCACAGCCGAUAAAUGAACAAUCACAUUCAAGGAAAAUACCAGAGGAUCAAGAAUUUUCCAAUGUUGAAUGUCAACCACUUACAGAUUCAGUGGAGGAAAAUGAAACUUUAUCACUUGUACCACAGCAUGAAAAUCUGGAAGAUGCAAUCGAGGUAGGCAUGCCCAGAAGCAGUCUUAAUGAAGGUGGAGAUAUUACACUGAAGGUUGUGACAGCCGCAAUAUCCCCGCCAAAAGCAGACCUGUCCACAGAUGAAAAACAUGAAAACUUGAGCUUUUCACAAGACAGAGCAGUUGAACGUCAAUACAAGGAUUUAAUUGAGGAGGCUAAGCCAUCGGAAACGGACCAAAUAAAAGACCCGGACACAUUGAUAACUGGAUAUAAAGGUGAGGAUGAAAAUAUUGACAUUGAAACUUUGGAGGCACGUAGAUCUCAAUUAAGUAUCAUAAACCGUCUUGACUCAGGUUUAAAUCCACAGGACAACCUCAAAGAGCACCCUAUGAAUGAGGGCACCACAGAGGUUUCCGAUCAGAGAUUUAAAAAUGCUCAUUCAUCUCACCUCAUGGAAACAAAGAUCAACACUGAAAAAACAGACCCCACAAAAAAUCAGGAACUUGACAAUGACGGUCAAGGAAUUUCUGAACAGAGUGGAAAAGAAGUCUCAAGUGCAAUAAUGGAAAGUGAGUUGUCUUCAAAUGUUCAACCAGAGAAAGGUUUUGUCAUUGACACCCAAAUGGGUGAGAACAAUGCAAGCGCAGAUGAGCAAACAGACUCCUUCAGCAAUGUUGCAAAGACAGACUUUGAUAGUCAUCCUGGGGAAAUUAAAGAGAUAACAUUUAAAAUACAAGCAACUGAAUCGGAAAAUUUUGAGAUAAAAGGAAUUGACCAUUUAGACACUUUUCAAGGAGAAAACAUGAAUGAGCUAGUCAGAGGAAAUGAAUAUGGUGUGUUCUCAGAAUUUAUUACUUCAAGCACAACUGUGCUCCAGCCGAUAAAUGAACAAUCACAUUCCGGGAAGAUUCUAGACGAGGAAGAACUUUUCAUUGUUAAAUCUGAAAUUAAAUCAAAAGAGGAAAAUGGAAAUUUGAAUGCAAAUCGUGGUUAUUUGGCGAGUCAAUCUCAUGCAAAUGCGGAGGUGUCUAUUGCUUCACCAGAGAUGUGCACAGAAAGCAGCCAUAUUGAAGAUGUGGAAAUUAGGUACAAUGUAGUGAGAGCUGCAAUUUCCCCACCAAAAGCAGGCGUGUCCACAGAUGAAGGACAUAAGAACUUGUGUAUUUCUCAAGGCACAGCAGUUCAACAACCACAAGACAAUUUAGUUAAGGAUGCCAAAUCAUUCGAUACGGAUCAAAUAGGAGACUCUGAAAUCUUUCCCGAUAAACAUGAAGGUGAAAUUUAUAAAAAUACUGGCGACGUCAAUGAGAUGAUGGAACUGCAUGCAUCUAAAUUAAGUAUCAUGAGCUCUCUUGAUUUGGGUUUAAACCCACAAGAAAAGCCCAAAGAGCUUCCCAUGAAGGAUUCUGCAGCUAAUACCAUGGAUAAAUGGGUCAAGACAGAAAGAACAGACACCACAAAAAGUCAGGUGAGUGAAAAUGAAGUGAAAAAUCAAGUGAUAUCUGAUGUGAAGGAAGAAACGACAGCAAGUGAAUUUUCAUUUAAAAGUCCUGAAACGGAGAAAGGUUUUAUCUUUGACUCCCAAACUGAUGACAACAAUGCAUGCGCAGAUGAACAAACUGACUCCUUCAGCCAUGUAAACAGGAGAAAACUGGGAUCUAGUCGACGCAACAAAAAAAGGCAUAUAAAAGUCUUUUCUGAUGAACUGUACAGUGACUUUAAAGAUAAUGCCACCGCAAAGGCAAAAGAUGAUGACUACCAUGGAGAAAUUACAGAUGUGACAUUAAGAGUAAAAACUGUUGAGGAGGAAAAGUCUGCGUUAAAAGAAAAGGACAUUUUAGACACUUUUCAAGGUGGCUACAUGAGAGAUUCAGAUGGAGCAGUCUCGGGGUUUAUUUCUUUAAAUAGUCACUCAAGCACAAUUGCACCCCAACUGCUACUUGACCAAUUAACUGCAACUAAGCUGUCAGAGGGAGAAGAAACUCCAAUUGUUGAGUCCAAAACAAAAAUGGCAGAGGAAAAUGUACAGGCUGAUUUGCUGAAUCAACCACUUAUAGAUGCAAAGGUUUCUAUUGCAACACUAGAAAUGUGCACAUCUAAAAGCAGCCUUAAAAAACACACAGAGUACAGUGAAGCAAAAGCCACAAUUUCCUCAACAAAAGCAGAAACAUCCAUAGAUGGGAAACAUGAGCAUAUAUGCUUUUCUGAAGUCAAAGAUGCUCCAAAUCCAAAUUUCAUUUCAAUGAAGGAGCACAAAUUAUCAGAAACAGAACAAAAUGAAGACUCAGUCAUUUUGAGUCCUGCUCUGAACAGUAGAAAACUGGGGUCUAGUCAACAGGACAAAGGAACUCACCAAAAGGUCUUUGCUGCUGAGUCCCACAAUGAGUCAGCAGAUGAUGCUGCCGGAAAGAGCAGCGAUGAAAAAGAUCCCUCAGAUGAUAAUAACAUGACCUUUACAAUAAAGGCUGCUGAGAUGCAAAACACUCAAAAGAAUAGCCUUAAUGAAAAUGAAGACAUUGCGUGUGGGCCAAAAAAAGCCAUCAUUCCAAUACUACAAGAGGAAAAAUGUGAGCAGGUCAGAACUCCUAGAGAUGACAGUGUUCAAUAUAUGGAGAACAAUAUCAAUAAAACAGUCAAAGAAAAGAUGGAAGUUACUGAAUUAAAUCACAUUGAUGACCCCACUACUGAAGUCCUGAAAAUGGAAGCUUCAGAGGACUUUGAAUCCAAUAAGGAACUUAAAAUGGAAGGAACACAGUAUACCUUGGAUAAAGCAUCACAGGAAUGCAAAAAUGAGAAAUUAGAAGUGGAAGUUUCGAAAAGUCAAGUCAUGCUAGAGGACGACUCAAUUCCUCCAAACGCAGACAAAGAUGAAGUUGCCAAGAUCAGUUCACAUGGAGAGGUCCCAGAUGUACAAUGUAUCUCCAAUCCACAUAGAAUUGUUUGCGAUAUAUCAAACAUGAAUGUACAAGAGUCAGAUGAAAAAUUUCACGUAACAAAUGUAAAAGCUGUAUCUUUAGAGGAAAAGUCACUGGAAAUUGUUCAAGAAGCUGGGAAAGAUACGAAGGGAAAAAGUGUGGAAGGAAUAAGGGAUAGUUCAGAACGAAUUGGACAGGUAAAUUUGCCUUUAACUCCACCUAAGAAGAGAAAGAUGGGCUCUACUCGAAGGUCUCGUAUCAACAAGAAACAAGAUGCAGAAAUGCACAUAGAAGACUAUACGACAGCCAUGGAAAAUGUAGGUGUGAUGGAGGAUGUGAAUGAAGCAUUACAAAACCAAACGACCAAAUCAUCGCUUGACGAAAAGAAGGAAUUCAAUACAGCUGAAGUCAACCAGGAACUUCACAGGAGUGCCAGUGAAAGCAACAUGAUAGCAUCCACCAAUGAUGUCAUGACCGCCUUUUCAGAACAUGUGUCCUCCCAUGAUGCAAAAGGUGCUAAUCGUUUUACUUCCCAGGUAGCUUAUGUGACGGGAAAUGACAAAGACGCAGUGGAUUCCACAGAGGCACGUAAUACUGAUCAUGUUCCAGUCUCUGAAGUCCAUAAUGUAAGUUCUCUGGACAUUGAGAGGAAGAAAAAACAGCAUAUAAAUAAAGGUGAAUCUUUGAGUGAGGCCACGGAACAUGAAACAAAAGGAAUUGAAGGUCAAGCUGCGACUCAAAUAACUGGUGGAGAGCACAUGAAGCAACAAUCAAAUAUCCAAGGAAUAAACGCUGAGAUUGACGGGGCUUCUGAGAAAAAUGGGAAAAAUCACAGUUUGACAAAUAAAAAAAGGAUUGGCUCCAAGCGCAGAAAUCUUGGAACUAUGUCGAAAGGUGACUUGGAGCUCAAGUUGGAUUUAAGUAAUGAAGUACCGGUCACAGUUCUCGUUCAUGAUGUUAUAACAGAGUCUGCCUGUCAAAGCGAUGAUAAAAAAUUGAAGCCUGAAAGUUUGGGGUCCGAACCAAGUAAAGGUAACACUGGAGAUCCUCCAAGCACAGUCCUGGCUCACGGGACAGGCGGAGAAAAUAUAACUGCAGAACAUCAUCUGGUUCAACGCGACAUCCUGGAAAAAGAUUCCAUCACUGCCAGACCUGAUGUGCUCUCAGAAUUAGAACUAGGGGGUAGAAAGCGGAAAAUGGGAUCUCACCGGAAGUCCCGGGCACAGCAAACUCAUGUUAAACAAAAUGAAGUCAACAUGAUGGAAACAGAAACUGUGCGCGUGUCACCCACACACAAACAAGCUGAUGACAUCAUUCAAGGGCCUGAAGAAUUACAGGGCAAUGAAAGCGAUACCAAACCAUCUAUUAUUUCAGAGUCUAUAAGAAUAAAGCCAACUCAUGAAGUGACAGCAUCCCAAACCCUUCAGGAUAAGGUUCACUUGGGUCCAGAUACUUGGAAUGCUUCCUAUGCAGGUAAAUCGGCCAACUUGAAAGGAAACCCCUUUAACGUGAUCAUGGUUGGAGACAGCUGCGUGGGCAAGACAUCUUUCAUGAAGCGAGCACAAAACGGGAAAUUUUUCCCAGAUUUGCCCGCUUCCGCUGGCCUUGAUACGUGCUUGUGGACUGUGGUUGUGGAUGGCAAAACUGUUGUGCUACAGCUGUGGGAUACAGCAGGUCAAGAAAGGUUUCGCAGUAUCACCAAACAGAUACUCCACAGAGCGCAUGCCUUUCUCCUGAUGUACGACAUCACUUCCUCUCAAAGCUUCACCGCUGUCCAUUACUGGGCAAGCUGCAUUCAGGAAGGAGCCAUGGAAAACGUUCCUAUUUUACUUAUUGGAAAUAAAAAUGACAGUGUGGAGCGUCAAGUUACAAUUGAGGAAGGUCUUAAUGUUGCAAAGGAGUUCAAAAUAGACUGCAUGGAGUGCAGCGCUGUCACUGGCGACAAUGUGAUUCAGUCUUUGGAAGCUGUUGCCAGAUUAUUGAGUCAGAAAGAUGACAGAAGAGAGGAAACCCUGAUAUUGCAUAAAGAACCUCCAAAGAAGAAAUUAGGAUGUUGCUGAACAGAAGACAAAGAAGUGCUUUGAUCAUACCUUCGUAUAUAAUAUUAGUUAUUAGGUAUGUGUGAAUAAAAUCUCAUUUAAAAUCUUAUCUGUAUCUACAAAGCAACACAUUUACUGUUCAGACUAUAAAAGAGCUGUCAGUUUCAAUCUGGAUGAGCUACAUUUUGGUUGCACUUCUGAACAACCUUGGUGCCUUGGCCUUGGUUGACCAUUUAGGCAUUUUCAGUGCAAAUUUUCAUCAAAAGUUAAGAAAAAUAAAGAAACUAAUUCUAAUUCCAUUGUUUACAAACAUGAUUAGGCUGUAAAUGAACUGCACUGCAUCUGUAUUUCAGAUAAUCAUAGUCAAUGACGAACAACAAAUAUCUGUAGUAAAUUGGAUGGCAUUUUAUUUUUCCUCAUUUAAUUGUGUGACGAAACAUAUCUUGAUUAAAAAUUGUGAAAAAUCCAAACAAACAAAAAAAA